AUGAAAAUUGUGAGCAUCAAUAAGGGCCCCACUGAGAAAUCACAAACGGUCAUUACAUUAGUUCCCGAGGACAAGGAAGAUUUGUUUACUAUUUAUCAAAUUAUUGAUAAGGAUGACGAGGUGAUCUUUAAGAAAUUAUUCACGUCAAAGAGAGAAGACGCUAAAAAGAACAAUACAGAUUUAGUUACUUUGAAAUUGAAAAUAUUAUCCAAUGAAUUCGAUAUGAAGGAUGAAUACCUGAGAUAUAAAGGUGUUACAGUCAUUGAUGAAACUGGUAAGGCUAAUAUUGACAUUGCAUUGGGUAAGUUUUUAAGUUUUAGUAUUGUUUAUUCUCAUCCUUUAACUAUCUAUAAGCAUCAUUUUAAUAAAUAUGCUGAAAAAUUAUUGAAAGAGGCAUGUGAAAUGGAAAAUAAAUCCGAUACAGCAGCUGUUGUGUUACAAGAAGGUAUUUCUCACGUUUGUUUAUUGACCAGUUCAUCUACGAUAAUGAAGCAAAAGGUUCAAUUUACCUUACCGAAGAAGAAGAGUGCCACAGAUAUUGUUAAAUUUGAUGAUAAAGUGGAGAGUUUUUACAAAGCUACAUAUGAAGCUAUGAAGAAGAAUUUUGAUUUUGAAGAAUUGAAAAUGAUUAUUCUCUGUUCACCUGGAUUCUAUGCCAAGACUUUAAUGGAGAAAGUUCUUAAAUAUGCAGAGGAAGAGCAAAAUAAAUUGAUUUUGGAUAAUCAAAUGAUUUUCUUUGUGGCCCAUUGUUCCACUGGUUAUUUACAAGGUAUUUCUGAAGUAUUGAAGAAUCCUGAAUAUGCAUCGAAAUUGGAAGACACCAAAUUCUCCAAGAAUGCCAUGGUUAUGGAUAAAUUUUUGGAACAUUUAGAGGAUGAAGAUGAUAAGGCAUGGUAUGGAGAAAGGGAGAUAUUUAAGGCAUCGAGACUGGAAGCCAUUGAAACAUUGUUGGUGGCUGAUACUAAGUUGAGAUCGGAUAACAUUGCCACGAGGGAAAGAUAUUUGGAUUUAAUUGAUGAUGUGGAAAUGAAUGGCGGGAAAGUUAUUGUAUUUAGUACGUUGCAUACCUCCGGUGAAGAACUGGAUAGGUUAGCUGGGUUUGCCUGUAUUCUUAAGUAUCCUAUUGCCGAUUUGGAUGAAGGGUUGACUGAUGAAGAGGAAGCGUUGGAGGAAGAGGAGGAAAUCGAACAUGAACGUUUAGAUGAAGAGUCAAAAGGUGCUAAGAAAUUGGUUCCAGUGGCGUGA